AUGGCGUCUCUGUUGAUAACAUCGUUCUUUAAGAAGGCUACUGCGGAAGAGCUUGAACAGCAGAAGAAAAGGGGAGAAGCUGAAUGGGCAGCCAAAAAGGCAGAGGAGGCUGCCAAGUUGGCGAGAGAUGAAGAAAGGCGCUUGGCAGCUCAAAAGGCCAAAAGGCCUGUAGGGAGGCCAAAAAAGAGAGCUCAAGCAGUGGUGCUCAUGAAUCCAGUUGACAUUGGCCCGGAGGUUGAGACUGGGCCAGUGAGACCACCAGAUGAGCAGCCGCAAGCAAAGAAGCUCAGGGGUGCUUACAACAAGUGGGGCUCCUCUGAUCUCUGGCCCCACAUUGUCCACGCAGUCGAGACGCACCCACGAUCGCUCACUGAAGCCCUGAACUAUCUGCAGCACAUCAAAAAGCCCGGCCACUCAGCGAGUCCAUUUGAUCAGUUGACUUUGAGCACCUUGAAGAACUGGUAUGAGAGGGGGGAGCAGACAGGUUGGUGUUGGAAGCUGAAGAAGGAGGUGCAGGAGAAGGCCAAGCUCAUAGAGGCCGGAAGAGCAGCUCAGUUGCGGGUGAACAAUGCCCACUUCAGAGGCAUUUUCAAGGAUCAUCCUCAAGUUGCGCAGAAAAUCAUCCGGUGUUUGCUAGGGCUGCGCGACGCUGGCCAGCAGGUCGACAGCAACGUCAUCAAGAGCGUGAUGAAAGGGGUGAUAACGGCGGAUGCUCUGGAGCUCUUUGAGAAAGUUGUGGGCCGGGACAAGAAUGGGGAGCCAGUGAAGUUUGCAGUUCGGAAGAGGUUUGCGCAGAAAUUUGCUAGGAAGCACUUGGGGUGGACAUGGCGCCGGAGUACGGGGGCAGCAAGAAAGCUUCCGGAGGACUGGGAGCUGCAGGGUGACAAGAUGGCUUAUCGGGUGGCAGCGCUGUGCUCGAUGCACUCAGUCUCAGUCCCAGAUGGCCUUGUGGUCAAUUCAUGUAACG